AUUCCAAGUAAGAUAGACCGCCCUCCGUGAAUCCCCUGAACCACAAGAAUACGAUUUGAUUCAAAAAUAGAUUUGAACAACCUUGGGCGGGAGUACUCCGUACUAUUGCAAAAAAAACCUUUUGCUUUUAGAUGGCAAAUAUUACUACUUGAUUAAUAAUACGGAGUAGUUUACUUCGAAGAAGCAGACAAGCCAAACACCGGUUCCGGCUCCCGCCUUCCAGCUUCGACGCAGAGGAAGCUCUACCGCCACGGCGUCGAUCUUUGACGAAUAGUCAAGAACGACCGUCGACCGUCAACGAAGACACCGUAUAAGGCUAGAAGCGAGACACCUGUUCCACCUUCCAGCUUAGACGCAUAGAGGAAGCUACUAUCGUCGGCGUCGAUCGUUGACGAAGAGACGACCGUCGAUCACCGACGAAGAGACGACCGGCUUCCAAGCUCUAGCUUCCAUAUCCCGAUUCCAGGUUUAUAUAUUAUAAAUCUAAUUAUUUCAACUCCUAUUUUGUUUAUCAAUCACUUUGAUUUUGAUUAUAUGAACUAUGAAGUUACGAAGCACUGAACCACAGCAAGCGGAUUGUUAAGCUAUAUCAGCGACGAGCCAGUGAACCAAUGAAAUCACGAAGUUGUUAUCUCUAAUUAUAACCAUUCCUGUUGUUUGAUACUUUGAUUUAUUAUAGCUUGUGCUUUAAUUGCUUGGUUUAUACUUGAUAGGAUAAAAGUUGUAAAACUGUCAUGCUAAAACUUAUAAGAAUACAUUCAUUGAAAAACAUCAGGUGGCUAGGAGGUGGAUAGCAGGAAGUGCUGAACUAUAUGCUAUUCCUUAGAAGUUAGAGUUACACCAACACUGCCUAACUCCUAAGUGACUCAUAGUCUAACACAUUUACUAUUCUUGCUUCUCCCAUUGUCAAUGGCCCUUGCUAUUCAAAAGCUUUAUAGAUGAGUUAAUUUUUAACCUAGAGUUUAAUUAAGUCUUACCACGAAACGGCUGCUGAAUUAUGUGCUAUUAAAGUUAGUUUUCAACUUAAAGUAUUUAUUUGGCUCAUUAUUGUCUAGUUGAGUUCAUUGAUUAUUGAUAACUUGUUAUAACAUACAACAAAUAUAACCAAAAAUGACAAUUUUACGCGUCUCAUAUGUCUACUUUGGUGCUUCAAUCAAUGACUAAUACCCGAAAACUCGGACCGAGCAGACCCGUUUCAAAUGAGCGGGUAAGGUCCGGUUCCAACUUUGAGAAUUCAUGUACCCGGCCUGAACCUACCUGGUCAAUGGAACCGGCGGUUCCUAUUGUUUGUUUAAGAUUAUCUGACCCUACCUGACCCGUCCCCACUCCUAGCUAAGACUUUGUGGAUUAGUUGAAAAAGAUGGGGAAGAAGAUACAGAAUCAUGGUGUGGCGGAUUUCAAAACCUUGAUACUUCAAAUGAAGAAGCAAGAGAAGUAUCUUAGGCUCAAAAGAAGGUGGUUAUUGGGUAUAAAUUUAUCACGAUCAGAGAUGAGUCGACUAGAGUUGCUUCUUCCACCAAACGUCAAGUUUGUUCCUGAAUCAGUGCUUAGAGAAGAUGAUGUAAGGUUUUCAUAAUUUGUUAAGUUAUGAGAGCAUCAAAACAUUUGUUGAAGAGACACUCGGAAUGCGUAAAGAUACUGAACGGAAAAAUUAUGUGGAUGAAGAAGAAAUACGACUCUUUGACUCACCUGAUAAGGAUAUGAUAAAGUAUAGCAUCUCCUUGCUAGAUGAAAUGACCAACAAAGGGCUAUUCUCUCUUACCGAGAUUUUGACAAAUGGCUCUGUUCACUUCCCCAAAACAAAAAAGAAGAUGAAAAAUAUAAUCCAAGAGUUUAUACCUAGACUUUUUGAAUCUCGUGAUGACCAAAGCCGAAUCAAAUUGAAGCAAGUCAAGCAACUCCUUACAGAUCCUCAAUAUUUUUUGUUAAAUGAGCCGGCUCUUUCAAAUCCAACCCAAUCACUCCGUACUGCAAUUAUCGACGUCCUUCCUAGGCUUGAGGAACUCUCUUUUGCCACACUAGAUGCAAUGCAUCGAAAUCUCAGAGAGGUCAAGGGAUACACUCCAAAAUCACAACACAAAAAGCCUGGCAGGACUCUUGAGAGCUUGAUUAGACAAAUAAGGAAAAAAUCAAUGAAAUUGUUGCAAAGAUUUGGGGAUGGAGACGAACCACCAAGACCCUUGACAAAAGCUCUAUCAGUUGCAUAUUUGAUGUUAAAACCAGAAUUGAGAAAUGUUUUCUCUAAUGUUUCACCUGAGAUAGAGAAGCUACGAACUGAUAUUAUGAGUGCUAUUCAAUUGGUCAAAGCUAAAAGGAAAGUGAGCCCCAUAGAUAUGAAAAAAUGCAUACUUAUGCUCGACCCAGAGUUUAAAGAAAAAGCAUCAGAAAAAAGUUGUGUGCGUACCGUACUGAAGAAUUUGUUGACUGCAUAUCUUUUAGAGUGCUGCAAUAUGGACACUAUUCCAGAAUGUUUGCUAGAAACAGUCAGAUUUAUUAUUGAUAUAUCUGAGAAGAAAAGCGCAUCCUGCACUGGCAAUACUAGUAGGCAGGCGACCAGAGCCCUGGCCUGGUCUCAUCCUAAAUGUGCUGAGAAGGUACAGGAAGAAGUACACCUGUUGCUGAAUUUGAGUGCUCUGGCUAAGCAGAUAGUGUGGGAUUUUCUUCCAGAAAAUAAAUUUGACAAAGAUUUUGCUGAUGCAUACAUGGAUGAUGAUUAUGUUGAAGAGUGUUGCUAUGAUGGAGCAGGAGGUGGCUCUGAGUUUCAAGACUCCAUCUCAGGUCAUAUUAGAUAUUAUAGUAAUAAUAACACUGAUGGUAUAAAUUGCCAAUCAGAAAGUGUUGGUGAGACCAUCCCGGUUGAUAAUUCCAAAUCUCCAGCCUCUUCAAGUCCCGCUGAAAUGUUGACCCCAUUUUAUUUUUCUCCUAACAAAAAUAUUAGCCUCCAACAGGAUUGUGGAAAUGGGUAUGAAGUUCAUUCUCAUAAUUCAAGGUUGUCAAGCGCUCAUGGACUUUCCAAAAUUUCAUCUUGUAAUGGAGGGUCAGAAAAAUAUGAUGAUGGAUUGGAAGAAUCAAAAGCACGACUGGAGAAUGCAUACCUCAAUAUCCAAGAAGCGUGUGAUGAAACAAGCAUGUUUGCUUAUUCAUUUGUUGGACAUGUGUUGAAUGGAUUGGACAAAUUAGAGAUCGCCCCUCAUGCUAAUGCAUCAGAACCUUCGAGGACUAUGUGUGAAGAUGGUGUGGGUUCCGUUGUGAUGAAUGCACUUGAACUUCUACUGCCUUCAUUUCCUAUCAGAGGUAAAGAUGAAUUGAGAGUGUUCAUGGGUCUAUAGGGAGGGAGGGUGGGAAAGGAUCUAUCGCCCAUGCAGAAGCAGCAAAGUUGAGAAAAAGUUGCAUUCAAGUUGGUCUUCUUAGUUUUCAUCUUGUCUGAUUGUGAUUGAUUGGCGCUAUAGAACUAACAGAUGUUGGAUUUUUUAUCAUGCGCUUUUUGGAUUGAAAUGCAUCUUUCUUUGUUGCUUACAUUACUUUUGGGAUUUUUCUCCCAAACUAGGUAGUUCUAAAACUUUUUUUCCAAUCUAAGAACAUAUUUUCCAAACUAGAGUAAUUUUUGUCCACGUCACCCAAACUGUCACGUUACAAUGCUAUAUAAUUGCUAGUCAUUACAUGUCAUCAAAU